AUCGACUGUGUCUCUGGCAGCUCUAUUGUCCCUCAGUGCUGUGCUGGUGCCUGAACACGACAGAAACACAUCUGUCUAUGGUAGUGCAAGAACUGUCUGUCCUGGUGUAACUGAGCCCAAAGUAUUUAAUUCAACAAAGUAGGUGAAGAAUACAUAAAGGUGAACGAUGUACAGCUUUAUGGGAGGUGGCUUGUUCUGUGCUGGAGUUGGAAAUAUACUGCUGGUGGUCUCUACAGCCACAGAUUACUGGAUGCAGUAUCGCCAGGCCAGUGGUUACAUGCACCAGGGCCUGUGGCGCUACUGCGUGCCUGGGAAAUGCAUGCUACACACUGACAGCAUUGCUUACUGGGAUGCCACCCGUGCAUUCAUGAUCCUGGCCAUCUUGGCAUGCUUCUUCGGCCUGCUUAUAGGCAUCAUGGCUUUCAUUAACUACACCUCUUUCGAUGUCUUCGACAAAACAUUUGCUGCUGGAAUUCUCUAUUUCAUUUCAUGCUUUUUUGUGCUUCUGGCAAUGGCUGUAUACACUGGGGUGACCGUGAACUACUAUGGGAAGCGAUAUGGAAACUGGAGAUUCUCCUGGUCAUAUAUAAUAGGCUGGGUGUCAGUGGUGCUUACAUUCUUUUCAGGUAUAUUCUACAUGUGUGCUUAUCGGAUGCAAGCACCAAUAGGCCCCAUGUCACGCUGAGGCAUCUCAUCCUAGAUCAACUCAUCAUUCAGUCUGAUGGUGAUCCACCACAUCAUCAUGGAUGCUUACAUUUUAAUUCAUUUGUUUACCUCAUGGUUAAUGAAUAAAAUGGUUGGGACAAAUAUGUGCUACUUUAAUUCACAAUAAAACAAUCCUAGAGAA